GCGCAUGCGCGGGCCUUCUUACGCGCUGAGGUAACCUGGAGGGCGCCAUUUUUGGUUGCCGCGCGGCGGCAUCGGCGGCGAUCGCACCGCAAACCAUGGAGAAUUACCAGAAGUCCAAGGUAGUGGAGAAGCCUUCUCCUCUCCCUUUCACCAAUUUGCCCUCAGACAUCAUUGAAAUGAAAGUGAAGGAUGGAAGCAAGAUCCGGAAUCUGAUGGGCUACGCCAUUGGCAAAAUGGAGCAAGAGGCAACAAGGCAGAUGCUCUUCAGUGGAGUUGGCAAAGCCAUCAACAAGACCAUCACCUGCGUAGAGAUCAUGAAGCGGAGGCUGAAGGACCUCCAUCAGAUCACAAAACUGUUCUUUCAGCAAAUAGAGGAGAUCUGGGAACCAAUCGUGCCAGAGGCUGGCCUAGAUCCCCUGACUGUGAAGCGAAAUAUUCCUGCCAUUUGUGUUUUGUUGAGCAAAGAAGCCCUAGAUCAUCAGGAGCCAGGCUAUCAGGCUCCCGGAUCUUUUGAUGCCUUCUGGUUGGAAACGCUGAAUUCGGAUCCCCAAAGUCAGCCCAAAAGGAAGAGAGGUGGCGGGAGAGGGGCCGGCCAUGCAGGAAAGCAUCCUUCCUCUGCCUUUUGAGAAGAACCCAAAAAAUAAGCCUCAGUCACGCUGAGUGAAUUACUUACCUACAGAGCCAAAGAACGCUGGUCGGUGUUCGCGUUGAGAGAGGAAAAUUGAGGAUCUUGGUGGAAAGAGGUUGAUUUAAAGGAAGUGGAAGAAAAGAGGCUCGAUCAGGUUGAUCAUCAGCAUCUGACGACGUGGUUCUUUUCCUUUCAAAAGGAAACAAAUGCUCCGGUGGAUUGUUUUGAGUUCUUGAAGCAACAAUGAUUUAAAAGAGCCUUCCUGGUUGAGGGAGAUGUGGAGAACCUGUGCCUGUUUACCAAGAGGGUAGCUAUAACAUUUGCCUAUUUUCCUCAGUGGAUGACUGUUGGAUGUUAUAAGGAUCUUAGGAUCUGCUUCUGUGAUAGGGCAGGAAUCCUCUGCUUCCAGAAUUUGAUGGUGACAGGAGAAGGGUGCCCUGAUUUUCCUAUGCUCUGAUUUUAACACAGGGCUCUUCAAACUUGGCAACUUUUAAGAUUCAAAUUUGUGGACUUCGACUCCCAGAAUUCUGGGAGUUGAAGUCCACAAGUAGCCAAAUUUGGAGAGCCUCCCCCCCCCCAUUGUAACAAGCAUCUGCCUUCCUGUGUAGUCAAGAGAUUCCAUAUUUGAUUCAGCAUAAAGAUGAGACGGUCUUGUCUUGAUUGCCCAACAUGCAGAAGGUGCACCUCAGAAUGUCUAAAGAUGAUUGGAAAAAUGCUGAGAUUAUUCCGAUUGUUAAAGAAACAGAUAGUACAACAAUACUCAUCUUCAUUUAACGACCCCAUAAUCCCUUGCGGGGUGGAGCCAGGGCAACUGAAGGGAGCUAGCAGAGUAUUUUAAUUACUGGAUGCCCUUUCUGAUGCCAAGAUUGUACAACAAUACUGUUUUAGUAUAUUUAUUUUUAGUUAAUUUUUUUCAACAUUUGAAAAGGCUGCUUGUCAGAGUGCGCACAGUGUGACUACUGUUUUGAGACAACCCAAAAGCAAAAUACAGUAACAGAAGUUUUGUCUUUCAAACAGUGGUUUAUAUAUAAGACAUAUAUUCAUACAUACACAGGUUAGGCAAAUACCAGGCAAUCAAUCUUCAACUCUACAUAGAGAACCACAAUGGAUAGAACACGAGGAGAGAGAUACAGGUUGUCUCUCUCCUCGUGUUCCUACAGGUAACACAGGUUAUGUAGACUGUAAACACAGGGUCAAUCAA